AUGCAUUUCGAAAUCGUCGCACUCGAAGCUCAACAUCAGCCCCUGUUUGAUACCCUCGACCUUCCCCUGGACACGACCUACACGCUCACGCGAUAUACAACAACAUCAACUCGCGACGAAUUGCACUCUCGCAUUCGCAAUGCGGAUGUCAUUAUUGUUACAACCGUGAAGCUCGACGCUGAAACGCUCAGCCACCAUGUCACGCCGCGAUUGCGUUACGUUAUUGUCUCCGCAACUGGCACGGACGGCGUCGACCUCCAUUCUUGCAAGGCUCGAGCGAUCCAUGUGUGCAACUGCCCAGGGGCGAAUCUGGAGACAGUGUCCGAGCACGCUAUCAGCCUCUACUUUGCAGCAAGACGCAGGACGGUUUUGCUAGAUCAGGUUACGCGUCGUCAGCCCAGUGAAUGGAAGCAGAGGGGUAGUGUCAACACGUAUCUGCGACUGCCGGAUAGCCAGCCACCGUUGUCUUGCGGAGAUGAAGUUCUCGGAAUUGUGGGCUAUGGAGGGAUUGGGAAACGUAUCGCGGCCAUCGGAAGCGCUCUGGGGAUGAAGGUACUCGUGGCAGCUCGUAGACCCUCCGCUGACCCCUCACUUGGACAUGCGCGGGAUGCGCUUCCAGCACCGAAUGCGGAAGAUGCGCGUGUGCCAUUCGACGAAGUCCUCCGACAAGCCACAGUCCUCGUUCUGUCCCUGCCACGAACUCCACAAACACUGAAUCUCCUGUCUACGGCGCAAUUCGACAUGAUGCACCCAUAUGCAGUUUUAAUCAACGUCGCCAGAGGUGGCAUUGUGGAUGAAGCAGCACUCGUGCAGGCUUUGCGAUCACAGCGCCUUGCUGGCUACGCCACUGAUGUAUAUCAGACAGAGCCGGCUGGAGGCUCAGACGAUACACCUCUUCUUGCGGAGGAUGCUACAGACUUGAACAUUACUUUGAGUCCACAUCUGGCAUGGUUUUCCCAGAGGACGAUCAAGAAUCUAGGCGACAUUCUGAAAGCUACAGUAGAGGCUGCACUCAAGGGUGAGACUAUAAAUGUAAUCGCCUGA